CUAGCAAGCUCAGAGCUCAGAGCUCACGACUCCAGAGAGCGGAGGCAAUGGGGACGUCGGGGUCGAAGGGGAUCGACGGCGUCGGGGGAGUCGGCGGCGGGGCGGCGGGGUUGGGGGGAGGGGAAGCGGGCGACGGCGGCGGCGGGGUGGGCGGCGCGGCGUCCCGGUCGUGGCACGGCGGGGCGCAGCUGUACGUGUCGCUCAAGAUGGAGAACGCGCGGAUCACCGGCGACCUCGUCCCGCACGUCUACGGCUCCGAGCCCAUCAUCGGAUCCUGGGACCCCGCCCGCGCCCUCGCGAUGGAGAGGGAGCUGGCGUCCAUGUGGGCGCUCAGCUUCGUCGUGCCGCCUGACCACGAAACACUCGACUUCAAAUUCUUGCUCAAGCCCAAGGAUGCAGACACCCCGUGCAUCAUUGAGGAAGGUCCGACCCGGCAUCUCACUGGAGGCAUGCUCGAGGGCGAUGUGAGGAUUGCAUGGUUCAAGAUGAAUGGGGAUCAUGAGACGCUUGAGUUCAGGGUUUUCAAUAAGGCAGACAUUGUGUCCCCACUUGAUCUUGCAGCGAGUUGGAGGGUGUUCAAGGAGAAUUUUCAGCCUUCCAAAGUCCGGGGAAUCCCUGAUGUCAGUAUAAAUGUCGCACCUGCGCAUGGGACCGAGGAUACAUCUACUGAAAGUUUGGAGCUUGACUUGGAGCAUUACGUUAUUCCAACACCAUCUGCAGCAACAUCUGAAUAUGCAGCAAACCUUGCCGCAAACCCAGCAUCAUUGAUUCAAACUGGAGCUUUAUGGACAAAUGACAUGCUUCUCAGUGAUGGCAUCCAGAGUCCAAGUAGCGCCACUGCAGAUUUUGAAGAUCACAAUAACUGUAACAAGGAUAAUGUGGCCUUGCCAUCAGAUUCUUUCAAGAAGUUACAAGUUUCUGGAAUUGUAGAGUCAAAAUCAGUUGACACCUUAACAACACUGCAAAAGCAAGAUGGACAAAAGGGACUUUUUGUAGACAGGGGUGUUGGCUCUACUAAGUUUGGAAAAUCAUCAAGUGCAUGUUCCCUGGCUUCUGGUCUUAAUUUUGGAACAGGAAAGCAGGCCAUGCCAGAAGCAGCAGGAGCUGUUGCAGCUGCAGCUGUAGCUGACCGAUUGCAUGGGUCAAAGGAGGACCGAAAACUAGCUAUUGUUUUGGUUGGCCUACCAGCUCGUGGUAAAACUUUUACCGCAGCUAAGCUUACAAGGUACCUUCGUUGGUUAGGUCAUGAAACCAGACAUUUCAAUGUUGGAAAGUACCGCCGCCUGAAGCAUGGAGCAAAUCAGUCUGCAGAUUUUUUCCGUGAUGAUAACCCUGAAGGGAUUGAGGCACGCAAUGAGGUGGCUGCUUUAGCUAUGGAGGACAUGAUAGAUUGGAUGCAUGGGGGAGGACAGGUCGGUAUAUUUGAUGCGACAAACAGCACAAGAAAACGAAGGUAUAUGCUAAUGAAAAUGGCUGAAGGGAACUGUAAGAUUAUAUUUCUGGAAACUAUCUGUAACGAUCCGAAUAUAAUUGAAAGGAAUGUACGUCUGAAGAUACAGCAAAGUCCUGACUAUGCUGACCAGCCAGAUUAUGAAACUGGAGUGCGGGACUUCAAGGAACGCCUGGCAAACUAUGAAAAGGUGUAUGAGCCAGUGCAGGAAGGUUCUUACAUUAAAAUGAUUGAUAUGGUAAAAGGGCAGGGAGGCCAGUUACAGGUCAACAAUAUCAGUGGUUAUCUCCCUGGAAGGAUUGUCUUUUUCUUGGUGAACUCUCAUCUUACACCUCGACCUAUUUUGCUUACAAGGCAUGGUGAGAGUUUACACAAUGUCAGAGGAAGAGUUGGUGGUGACACGGUCCUGAGUGAAGAUGGAGAGCUUUACUCGAAGAAAUUAGCCAACUUCAUAGAAAAGAGGCUCAAAUCUGAGAAAACUGCAUCUAUAUGGACCAGCACGCUUCAGAGGACAAUUUUGACAGCAAGUCCAAUAGUUGGAUUCCCAAAGAUACAAUGGCGUGCUCUUGAUGAGAUAAACUCUGGGGUGUGUGAUGGGAUGACGUAUGAAGAGAUAAAGAAAGUUAUGCCCGAGGAAUUUGAAUCACGCAAGAAGGACAAAUUAAGAUAUCGAUACCCCCGUGGAGAAUCUUACCUUGAUGUGAUUCAGAGACUGGAACCUGUUAUCAUUGAGCUAGAACGCCAGCGAGCACCAGUAGUCGUUAUUUCCCACCAGGCUGUAUUGCGGGCGCUAUAUGCAUAUUUCGCUGACAGGCCUCUGAGGGAAGUCCCAGAUAUUGAGAUGCCUCUCCACACCAUAAUUGAGAUACAAAUGGGAGUCACAGGUGUUGAGGAGAAGAGGUACAAGCUCAUGGACUGAAUAUACAUACAUCUAGGCUCAGUAGGACAGCAAGUCUUUGCUGUUUUCAGAUAGUCAUACAGUAACACAGAUAUACGAUCGAGUCACUACAGGUCUACAGCUACCACAUUGUCAUUUUUCUCCCGACGGUGCAAAAACAAAAACUAGCACCUCCGGUGUAAAACUGUAACCCACUAUACCCAUGAAUCACUGUAAAAAGAAGCAUUCACCCAAUCAGUAGUUAAAAAAAAAAAACUGUAAAAUAAAAGGCAUACUGCUACCAAUAAAGAGUGCAGAUAUAUACAUAUAGGGCCCUCCCUAAAUUUUUUUUCUAAAAA